GGGAGGGAGGGAGGUGGAAGAGGGAGAGAGCAGCGAGAGAGAGAGUGAGAGAGAGAGAUCCAGAGGAAGAGAGGGGGGCUUCCAGACUGGAUGGGCCCAGCAGUGCCUUGAUGGAGCAUGGGCCAGGUUCUAGGAUUCUCCCACUGCAAGGAAUAUGGUUCUGUCUCCUCCACGCCUGAUUCAACACCUCCCUGCACUGACGGUGGGAAUGAGGAGUCUGAGCUGUACGACCUGCAGACGGCCAGGGAGUGGUCUGACGAAGAAGACGGGGGUCCGGAGGAUGAUGACGGUGGAGCUUCAUCCCCCUCCAUUUGGGGGACCCCGAGACAGAACUCCUUCGAGCCCACCUUCUCCUACAUCGCCAUCGCCGAGGCCGAGGCAGGCGGAGCCUCACGACAUCAUCGUGACUCAUCGUCAGGGAGCCGGCGGAGGGGCGGGGCCAGGGGAGGCCGCACCUCCCUGAUCCGCACGGACACCGUGGAAUCGCUCCCCCCCCUGGACUCCCCCGACGUGGAGUGGGACCCCCACAUCUUCCUCACCCUAGAGGAUGAGGAGGAGAGGGAGAGGGAGGAAAGGGAGAGGGACCCCCACAUCUUCCUCACCCUAGAGGAUGAGGAGGAGAGGGAGAGGGAGGAAAGGGAGAGGGACCCCCACAUCUUCCUCACCCUAGAGGAUGAGGAGGAGAGGGAGGAAAGGGAGAGGGACGUCCACAGACCGCCUGUGACAGUCCAGGAUUCUCUCCUAGAUACUGAGAUUGAACCUCAAGAGAGGGACACAGAGACCCAGAGAGAGGAGACAGAGCCCCUGGAGCCCCAGCACUACAGUCCCUCUGACAGCCACCAGGCAGCAUCACCACCCCCUGAGCCUGAGUCCCUCGUAACCAUGGAAACCACCGUCCCACUGCUCACGGCUGUGCGACCAAGAGGCGGCCUCACCGAUGACGUGUCAUCCACUUCCUCCACCUCCAUUGGUCGAAACACUCAGGAAGAGCUGUUUAGCGAACAGUGGUUUUCGGUGCUCAACCUAUCAGGCCCUACGAUAUGCACCCACAUAGCAGUGAUGGAUCUGAUCUACUGGAAGGACACAGAGCGUACAGGCAUGGUAUUCACAGGGCUGGUGGUGGGUUUGCUGUCCUUGUUCCAGCUCAGCAUCAUCACAGUCAUCUCCACCAUCUCCCUGGGGGCCCUGUGCUUCACCGUCUCAGUCAGCCUCUACUAUAAGAUCCUGCACAUGCUCAACAUGGGAGACGGAGUGCCCCCCUUCAAGGCGUAUCUAGAUUUGGAUAUCAGUUUCAGUGGGGAGCUGGCUGACCAAUACACGCAGAAGGUCAUCGUUGCAGUCGUCUCUGCUGCUAACUCACUCAAGAAUCUCUUCCUGGUUGGAAACCUCUUCAACUCUCUCAAGCUCCUGGCUCUGAUGUACCUGGUGACUUUCCUGGGAGACCUGUGUAAUGGCCUUACUGUGCUCAUCAUUGGUGUGAUCGCUCUAUUCUCUCUACCGCUGGUCUACAGGCAGCACCAGGCAAAAGUGGACGGCUUCGUUGCAGGAAUUCAGGCUAACGUUGACAACGCCAAGGACAUUCUCCACAGAAUUGCCCAAGGUGGUGGUCCCACCCCUGACACAACCCCUGGCGGUGCCAAGCCCAAAACACAAUGAAGAGUCAUGGCGGACAGGAGAGGAGGAUGAGGAGCAGAGAAGAGGAGGAGUUACGGGCUGUCACUCAGAUGUCUUACUAAGCAGUCUGUUCUCAGAGCUCCAGAACGUGGAGUUUCUGAGAU